CAAACCUAAAGGCAAAACGCACCGUGGAUAUGGAGGCUAUGGCUGCAGCGAUCGGCAUACUGAUCCCGGUACUUUUCAAUUCUUACUUUGUUUCGUGACGACAGUCCCGAUGAGUUUCAUCCGCCAACUUGCUACUGGUCGGCUCGACAAGCACCUAUACGCAUCUGUUUUUGGGUUAUUCUUUCGUAUUCUCUUUUUGGUUCUCUUCAAAUCUUCACUUCUUGGUGCCUAUAUUGUUGGGUUUACGCUUCCAUAGUUCUCUUUCGCGCUUAAUAUGGAAUUCUUACAUUCAUUUUGAGAUUCGGCUACUUCAUUGGCUGGACUCUCUUUGACCUUGCAUACUUUGGCAUGCACAACAAUGUGGAAGAACAUUCAUUACAAGCGAGUGCUAUCUAAAGUUAGAAGUUACUCAAGGAUAGCUCCACCAGCCCCUGCCUAUGCUCAACCAAUCAUUAGAGUCUCAAACAAUGUUGCUUACUUGGGCUCUCCAAAAGAUGGACCCAAGCCGCGGCAGCUUUUAUCAUUACCCCCAUUCCCUGGCCUCCCUUUGCCUGGAAAGACUUCAGAGGCAUCCCGUGUGACUGCCAUUAGCUGGGUCAAAUAUUACUUUGAUGAAAUCCUAGACUCUGUGAUACAAUCACAUUUUAACAAGGGCCUUGUUCAAAUGGAGUGCCCCAUAGAACAGGGAGAGCAAACAUUUAUGAGAAAGAUUAAGCCUAGUGAUGUCAUGGAGGUAGGGGCAAAAGUUCAUAUACCUGUAUCGGUAGCUGAGACUAGGAUUUCCAAGAGGUUUGACACCAUACCAAGUGGAACUUUAUAUCCAAAUGCUGAUGAGAUUGAAUAUUUACAGAGGCUCGUCAAGUAUAAGGACUCUGCUAUAAUCGUGCUAAACAAACCCCCAAAAUUGCCAAUCAAGGGGAAUCUUCCAGUUCACAAUAGCAUGGAUGCAUUGGCAGCUGCAGCUUUGAGUUACGAUUAUAAUGAGGGACCUAAGUUGUUAUUCGCAUACAAAUACUUUUACCAGGUGCAGCGCCUUGACAGAGAAAGCAGUGGUCUCAUCUUAAUGGGCCGAAAAAAAGAAAGUGUUGAUCAUCUCCAAUGGUUAUUUAGUGACCAAAAGAAACCAAGUUCCCGUUUUAAGGAUUGGAAUGAUGCAUGUCAAGCAAAAUGUCAACGAUUUUGGGCAUUGGUUAUAGGCUCUCCAGAGGAAAAGGAAGGCUUGAUUCGAGCUCCACUUUCAAAGGUGCUUCUGAAUGAUGGGAAGACUGAGAGAAUCGUCUUGGCUCAGAAUUCAGGUUUUGAAGCAUCCCAGGAGGCUUUAACUCAAUAUCGAGUGUUAGGUCCUACAAUAAAUGGAUGCUCAUGGGUUGAACUAUGCCCACUCACCAGCCGAAAGCAUCAGCUCCGUGUGCAUUGUGCCGAAGCUCUCGGGACACCAAUUGUUGGUGAUUACAAGUACGGCUGGUUUGUGCACCGUAGAUGGAAGCAAAUGGCCCGUGUUGAUAUUGAGCCAUUUUCUGGGAAACCAUACAAAUUGCGGAGACCAGAAGGUAUAGACGUUCAAAAGGGAAGCGUCUUGUCAAAAGUCCCCUUGUUACAUCUCCAUUGCAGGGAAUUUGUACUUCCAAAUAUUGCAAAAUUCCUUGAUAUUUUAAAUCAGAAAUCGGAAAAUAUUCACCCUGCUCUUAGCGCAAAGCCAGAUCUUCUCCGUUUUGUGGCAUCAAUGCCAACCCACAUGAAAAUUAGCUGGAAUCUUAUGUCUUCCUAUUUGGUGUAAGGAUCAUAGUCAGGUUUUGAUUAGUUCUAUAGAGCUUAACCUUUAAGUCGAAGUAGUCUUACUUGCGUUGUAUCCAUGCAUAUUCUUUUUAAUUAUUUAAUUAUUUUUUGUUCUGCGAAUUUGUGAUAUGAUUUCUCAUGGAAUCAUACCAGAUACAAGUGACAACUAGCUUUUAGGUAUCAAAUGUAAAAAGAUUAAGUAGAUGGAGAAAACAGAGUUUUUGAUGCAAUUUCUUUACCAGAAGGAAAGGCAAUCAAGUAACUGUAAAUGCCAAGUCUGAUAUUUUGGUAGUGAAUACAGUGCAUUCCUGUUUAAUGUA